UACAGUGGCUGUAUUAUACGAUAGCGCAGCGCGUAUUUCUCGCAAUCCAUAAAAAAUUAAACGGAAAUCGUCGUGUGCCAUGGGUUAUUCUAAAUUCAGCGGCUGUCGUUAAAAAAUUUAAUUUUACACCAAAUAAAAUACGACAGCAGAUUCGGUUUCAAAAUGAAUUCAUCGACAGAUCCGUCUGUUUUAGAUUUAAAUACAAGUUUAAGCAGUUCGACAAAUUCAUAUGCAACUAGUGUUAGUUUGGAACCAUUCCAAGGAUUAGAUUCAGAGGAUUAUUACGCCUGCGGCACAUUUAACUGCUCUCCCACCGAGUUUGUGGCUUUCGUCCUUGGUCCACAGACCUUACCACUUUAUAAGGCAGUUUUGAUAACAAUUAUAUUUGGAGGCAUUUUUAUAACUGGGGUCAUAGGAAACCUAUUAGUAUGCAUUGUGAUUAUUCGACACUCGGCAAUGCACACGGCGACCAACUACUAUCUCUUCAGUUUAGCAGUCUCUGAUUUGCUUUACUUACUCUUUGGACUACCAACAGAAGUGUUUUUGUACUGGCACCAGUAUCCAGAUCUCUUCGGCAUGCCAUUUUGCAAAAUACGCGCAUUUAUUUCGGAGGCAUGUACAUAUGUAUCCGUAUUUACCAUCGUUGCAUUUUCAAUGGAACGAUUUUUGGCCAUUUGUCAUCCAUUGCAUUUAUAUGCCAUGGUUGGCUUCAAACGUGCAAUCCGGAUAAUAACAGCUUUGUGGAUUGCAAGUUUCAUAAGUGCCAUACCAUUUGGAUUGCUCUCGGAUAUUCAAUACCUUAAAUAUCCCUUAGAUGACUCCCGCAUUGAGGAAUCCGCAUUCUGCUCAAUGUCGCCUGAGAUUGUGAAUGUAAUACCAGUAUUUGAAGUAUCCUUUUGCAUAUUCUUCGUCAUCCCGAUGAUACUUAUAAUGAUACUUUACGGCCGAAUGGGAGCAAAGAUUCGAUCUCGAACAAAUCAAAAAUUGGGUGUUCAACACGGCACCAAUAACCGAGAAACACGAAACUCACAAAUGAGAAAGAAGGCAGUAAUACGAAUGUUGGCCGCUGUGGUGAUUACAUUUUUCGUUUGCUGGUUUCCGUUUCACCUGCAACGACUUAUAUUCCUAUAUGCCAAGAAUUUGGAAAAUUAUUUGGAUAUAAACGAAGCACUCUUUUCUAUUGCGGGGUUCGCCUACUACGUUUCGUGCACCAUAAACCCAAUAGUAUAUAGUGUGAUGUCACGUCGCUAUAGGGUCGCAUUCAGAGAACUUCUCUGCGGAAAAGCCGUGGGUGCAUAUUAUAAUAGUGCAUUUGCAAGGGAUCAUUCGAGUUUCCGGGAAAGUACUCACACAAGUCUGGGUAACAACAUAAAUUAUGACCGAGUUCAUUCCGUUCAUGUUAGGUCAAGUCGGCAACAAAAUAACAAAAACGAAGCGGACUCUGCAAAUAGAGUGUUAAUAAAGAAAACAUAUAGUCUUCCGCUACCAAAGAAUGUGGAUUCCACUGUUCUUAGUACUGACAUUGUCAUCGUGCUGGAAAAUAGCUCCACUGCUCGUCAUACACUUUGCGAAGAACCCAAAGUUGAGAACGAUAUUUGGAUCGAAAAUGAGGAAACUUGUAUUUAAGCGGAACCCAUUUCACACUUAAAGUAUUAACUAUGACGUCGAGUGAAAAACCCAAGGUUAUGUGCACAUCUUUUUUUUAUAGUUAAGUUGUGUUUAUGUAGGUCCAAAUAAGUUAGUCUGUUCCAGGAAUUCGACUAAUUUAGAAGCACAGAUGGAGAUUAAAUUAUUACCAAUAUAUCUCUUUUAUUGAAUAAAAAAGUAGAACAUUUUACAAUUUUUAUCUACUGUCAUUAAUUUAUUAAGUAUUUUGGUUAUAUUUGCGCUACACCUUUCCAUCUUUUAAAAUUUCCUCAGCGCAAAACAAUGUUAAAACUUGAUUAACUAAAACUUGUAAGCCAUCUGGAAAUAACAGGGCUUUUAUGAAUGAAUACAUUAACAAAUGUUUACGGUUUCAAACGUUUUGCAUAACAAUGAUCGAAAUUAUCGUUUUCAUGUCUUGUUCUCUCAAAAAAAGCAAUGCCAAAUUGACGGCAAAAGCGAAAGUUGUACCCAUUAUCCCAGUAUCUAUAAUUAAAAUAAAUUUUCACUUUUUCUCGAAGAUAAAAUGCCAGAGGUAAAUAGACACUAAAUUUAAUAAUCUCUUGUUCGGUGAUCUGGCAUUCUUUAUGAGCUAGUUAGAGUUGGAACUUUGAGGGUUUUCCGAAACCAGAUGCCACCAAUUACGCAUAGGAUUUCCAAAAUGUUUUUUCCCCAAUCAGCUCCGAUUUACUUUCACCUGCACUUAAGAUAACCGAAUUAAAAGCUAAAUCUGGGGAAUAUAUAUGAUCUGUCGCAUCUGAAGCGAUACCACUGUGCCCCGAGGU